AUGGUCCGCAAGAAGAGGAAAGGAGUGAUUAAGGAGACGCAGGCAGACGGCGCUGUGGCCCCCAAUGGCGUAGACCUGCGUCUGGUACUGGCAGAUGUACCUGUGAACGCGGAACUACCCGCAGUGCUUGGUGGUGGCGACCUGACGGCGUGGUACGAGGCGCUGUGCUCAGCGAAAUACAGUCUCUAUGAGCAACUCAAGAUGUUGCAGCUAUUUCGGUCCAAGUGCAAAACUUCAAUCUGGCGACUGGUGUUCCGACUCAGCGUGGCUCCGCCCAUGUAUCCAUUGCGAAAGAACCUAGGGCUGAUCCUGGACGUCCUGGCACUGAGUGAGGCGUCUGAGUCCAGUAAGCUGCGUGUUGUAGCAGCCGAAGAGCUAAGAGCGUUUUUGGAUUCAUUGAGGACAGAAUCAGAUACUCAGAAUCAGACACCUGAGCAGCGCGUCGCUCUACUAGACCGCAUGCUGCACUUGGUGGAGUUCCCGUAUCUUGCUCGCAUCCUAGUGGAGAAUCCAGUGACUGGAGGGGAGAAUGGAGACGCUGAACAUCUGCUACAGUUCGUAACGUGCUGUGCAGACCAACUAGAAGCUCUAGGAGCCCCCAUUGUGGAGUACCAUGAAGCUAAUCAAGAGAGCGAGGAGAUCGAGGAAGACACCGAAGCUGCCGCCUCAACGAACGUCGUUUUGGCUGCUUCAGAGCGCUGUGGCCACGCUCUCAAGAGCGUAAUUGUAUUAGCGACGAUGAAGGAGAUUUUGGACAGUCGGUUGCAGCAGUGUCGAGGCACGAACUUGGACAAACUGACGGAGGCUUUCCUCCGUAUUGUGAGACACUGUGUCCUUCUGCUACAGACUAAUGUGGUACACAAAGAUCUACUCACACAAGCAGGCUUGGCGUACUGCUUGGUGCUGCGUAUGCUGCUGCAGCUGACGAUCAGCUCUAACGCAACGAAGCUACUGCUACAGACUGCGUAUCCAGAGCUGAGUAUCAUCAGGUCUGAUGCGUGCACUAACCCCCAGCUUCGAGCGCAUAUUGAGAAGGACGUGGAGACCUUUGGCGACCUGUCGAGACUCGCAGUGUGUCGUGGGUUGCUGAACAGCUUGGCUAAUCAAGAUCUAGCUCUUCCAGCGACGAAUCUCGGGCUGGAUGAUGACUCGAAGACGGAGCAGAGUGUACUGGACGCGAUCUUUACUGGAGUCCAGCAGUUCUGCGACCAGGAGUCGUACAACACGCGCUUGUUUGCGUUCCAGGUCCUCGAAGCGUUCCUCCGUCGUGCUGUGACGAUCUUACAGCAGCAAAAGAAAGACCGAGACUCCAGUGAUAAAUACCCAGCGGCAUUGGCAGUGGAGACGCUUACGAACCUCACGACUGCAGUGCUACUGAACUGGGAACACCCCUCGAAGAAGGUGAACCAGUUCAUGGCUACAGUAUUCGCUCAUAUCGUCCACUAUUUCGUGCUUUCCGAAGGUUUCCAGGACUGGAGUGACGCCAUCUUGUCACGGUUAGUAGAGCUCCCACCUACCAGCCGAGCCAAGUACGGGUCGCUCACGCUCUUGGUCGCUGAAGCUGGAGCCAAGCCUGUGCUUCAAGCGAGUCCAGCGCUGCUGUCGUCUCUGCUCUCGGCUGUGGGCCAAAAAGACUACGCUGCACCAGCCGCUGCCAAUUUGUUUGCACAGAUUCUCGACGAUCUCAGUGGAGGCAACAAGAGCAAGAAGAAGACAGACGAUGAGUCUGUGGCUGCGUGGCGAGAACUGUGGCUCCCGGAUGUGGUUAAAGUGCUGCUCUCAAGUGACGCCAAUCUACGCUCACGUGUAGCCAUGUACGUGAUUCCUCUGCUUUUGAAGAAGGACUCGGAUUGUGUCCCAGUGUUGAUCAAGCGGCUGCAAGUGGAAGCCACGAAGGAACAGGACGGAGACGCGGCUGACGUCGCUUUGUGGGCGGAGCUGGAAGUGCUGAAGUUUGCACGUAAGAAGAUGGCUCCAGAGAAGCUGGUUGGUGUGUCAAUGCACGAGAUUGAACGAGGGCUUCGUCACGCCAAGACAGAGACGCGAGGAACCGCUUUUGAUGCGUUGUGUGCGUCGCUCAAGUCGACUAGUAUGCCCUCGGACGAUGAGUUGCGCCUUGUCAAGUGCUAUUUAGUGGUAAACGGGAAGGAAAUCGGCCCUGCUGGCCGCAUGAACACGCUGAUUGGCCUCAAGACGGUUCUAAUUCGCAUCAAGGAGACCAUGCGUCUCGCCGGUAAGAAGUCUGUGUCUUCGGAGCACGCCGGGCGAGAUGAACUGGCGGCUGCUGUGUCGUUCAAGCACUGGGUGGAGCUUUUCGUCGUCUCUUCCGUCUAUCCUGGUGCUCUUCCUCAGCGAUUGACGUUGGGACUGGAGGUGCUUCUGCUGUACGUCCAGCUCUUCGGUCUCGAGUCAGAGUCUCCAAGUCUCUUGCGUACAGGACAAAUGGUGACGACGCUGCUCAACAUGCUCAUCAGUGCGUGGGAUUCAAUCCGGUCGCUGGCGUUCACAGUCCUCGACUUGUAUCCGGACGAACUUCCUGGCUACUCGACGCCUGAAGAACUCCGCACGCUCGUGGAUUGGGCUGUCGGUCUCUGUGGCAGCCCGCGUCAACGUGAGAGCGACGCUGGAGCCAUGUUCAUCCGGCUGUUGUUCCAGAAGUGCAGCGCAGCCAUGCAGCGCUACGGACUGACGCUCCAGCAGUCCGAACGUACUGCUACGGAAGCUUCCAGUACCAACCCCGACGUGGCGUUCGUUUUACAGCUGACACAAGUGAUUCUCUCGCGUAUUGAAGCGCUCAGCCCGGCUGAAAUCCGCCGAGGCGAGUCUCCGCUUGUGCAUGGCUUUCUACUGUCGCUACAUUACGUGCUCGACAACAUCGAUUUUGACACGCUCUCCAGUAGUGACGCUGCGCACUGGCCGGCUGCGAUGACGCAGAUCUUCGCCGCUAUUCACCAGUCGAUGCGCGCGUCGCUUGCUGUGGUCGGUGACGCGACGUCAGGCGCUGGGGAUAAAGAGCUGUCGGCUUCGUUUGCAGGUGUUGUGGGCGAGGUUAGUGCUGUGGCCAAGACGUCGAGUUCUGCGUUACGUGUGGACUGUCGCGGCCACUUGAUCGUUGAGAACGGCGAUGGACUGGAAGAGGAAGACGGGAACGCAGAGCAACGUGCUGUGGUGGGCAGCUGGCUGGCUGCUCGUGAAUGUGGCGCUAUCCUCGAGCUGCUGAUGCGUCGCGUACCUCUCCCGAGCUCCAACUCAACGUCAGAUAGCGUCACGUUCUUUACAGCGGAGAUGGCGCAGCGUGGAGGCGAGACGCUGCUGAACUCGCUGUUUGAGCUCAAGCACAAGGGCGCAGUUGCGACAGCGUACCAGGCGUUCGAAGGAGUCUGUCGCGCGUUCCUGGCGCACGGAGAGCAGAGCCUAGUGCUUGGAGGCUUGCCUGCUCGUUGGGCUGAUCGCUUACUGGAGCGCUUGGAGCGAUCGGAGCAGCACUUUAUCUUGCGUCGCAGCUCUGGCUUCGCGUUCAGCUUCGUGGCGAUUCUUCGUGCUGAGCCGCGUAACUCUGCUGCUGUGAUUCUGCCCAAGGUCAUGUCGACGCUGCUGCGUCUCGCAGGAGAAGACACGGACGCGGCGGAGAGGCGGGACACGCACCAGGAACACCACUCGCUGUGGCGUGCCAGAGUGCACGCGCUGAAUAUCCUCAAGCUCAUUUGCCAAGACGGCGUGCUAGCGGAAGAUGUGGCACGCUAUGUCGUGGACAUGUUCGAGCUGGCUGUGCGUGGCUUCGACUGCGGGUCAUGGGCUGUGCGCAACUCGUCCAUGAUGCUCUUCGCAGCGGCCACACAACGUGCGAUCGGCGACAAACGCAUCGCAGACGGAGGAACACACCAACAAGUCGCCAGCGACGACGUUUUCUCGCGUUUCCAGCAGCUGCGUGGCUUCCUGGCUCGUGAGCUGACUAAGUUAUUGACUGCCGACAAAAAGAGUAGCGCGCUGGGUGGAGCAGCGCCGCCUGGACUGUAUCCGCUGCUGCUGUUCUUGAGUCGCUUACGUCCUGGUGAUGAGGACGAUCAACGAGUAGCAGACGCUCCUGCGUCACCCUGUGACGGCUCUGGACUGGCCAGUUUUGUUCCUCUGGUGAUCAAGUGCGCGUCGCAGCCGACGAUGGCUAUCCGACACAUGGCCGCCAAGGUCGUGGCGUCUAUCGUGAGUGAUGCUGACGCUGCCUACGUGUUAUCCAUGCUCUGUGCCGAGCUACCUCAAGGCGUUCGCAGUGCCAAGGACCAGUCCGCUACGUCGCCCAUGUCACACAACUAUGUUCACGGAAUUCUGGCUCAAAUCCGCCAUCUAGCAACGAAAUAUUUGGCUGUUGGAGGUGGAGGAAAGAGAGCUACACCCGUGUCGAAGGACGCACAAGUGGCGUUCUUGGAGGUCGUUGUAGCCAAGUUACUGCCUUCUACGAUGUGGCUCUGGACAGGUCAGAAGGAGACCAUUAACCCUGCCAUCCGAGCCGAGAUAGUCGCCACUGUGGACGUGGUGUUGCGGUUCUACGCCGAGGACGCUUCUAAAGUGGCUGCAGUGCUAAAUGACGCAAGUAAGGACGCGUUUGUGCAGACUACGCAGCAGAUUCAAGCGGAAGUUGAACGGCAGCUGAUGCAGAGAUGCGACUCGGAUCGAGACGCUGCGGUGCUUGUGUCUACUCGACCGGGUAUGUACGUGCUGGAUCGCUCUUUAGUGGCGAUCUGGUUCAGCUUGUGGACGGGUCGGCAACUGGAUGCUCUUGUGAAGAAGAUGCUGGUGUCUAACGUGCUUCAGAUCCGCAAGAAGGCGGCCAAGCAGUUCGCGAACAAGCUGGUUAUUGACGGCUUUAGUUCGGAGGCUGUUGCUGAACUGCAGACGGUUUUGAUCACCCAGUUCUUGACCGAGACACACCCGAAGGUGCGAGCGCGACAGCUGCAGUUGCUGGUGCGUUGCGUGCUGCAUCAAGCGAUAGCAGAUACGCAGACGCAACGAGCGCAACUGCAGACCAAGUUAACGCAAAUGCUCGGCAUCUCGGCGGACACUCGAGUUUUAGCGCCGGUGUUGGAGCUACUCGCUCUCAUGGCGUCUCACCAGAACAGCGAGAAGGACGCGUUGUAUCUGACUUUGUCCAAGGAGAUUGAGCUGCGGUCCGACGAGAACCAGCCUCUGAUUCUCCGUCAAGCUGCUGCCUCUGUUCUCCAUCGUAGUGGACUUCUGCUCCUGCAUACGAAGCAGGACACAGGUGCUGAACUACCACUGACUGGAUGGAUGAGUGCACUGCGACUGCUUCAAGACGACGACGUGCGUGUGAGAGCGGGUGCGCGUCACGCAGUACAGAGUGCUCUUUUAGAGACAACGGAUACCACUACAGCCUCACUGUCUGAUGCGACGGUGCUGCCUCUAGCGGUGGAGUACAUGACUGUCUGCUUCGCGCGCACGGAGCACGGCGCGGCUUGUCUGGCCAAGGUGCUGUUCGAACUCGUCGACGCGCCCAGCGUGCUUACGGCUUAUGCCGGCGCUGCUGGCGUCAAGGCUCAAGACUGGGACGAUCUGUACCGCCGCAUCUUUGAGUCUGAAAGCAGCAACUACUUCGCUGAGCAAGACGUGCUGGCGCAGAACCUCGUGCACGCGUUGUUGGCGCGUACAGUUGAAGACGGCGAGGCGAUGCGUCACCUGCGUGAUCAAGUACUGACGGCUGUGGUUAGUGCGCUUUUAACUCUGAACCAAGAAGCGCAGCGUUCGGGUCAGUGGCUGGGAGGCAUCACGUACUACACGGACGUGUUCGCGCCUCUGUUUGGGCUUCUCGCCGCGGGUGUAGCCAUCCUGACGUCGUGUCAAGACACAGCCGAGCUGCAGUCUCUCGCAAAUCAAGUUCAGCAGCUCGCACAGGAAGCGUGUGGUAUUCACAGCAACGAUGAAGUUACGCAUCCUUUGAUGCUUCGGGCGCUUGAGUUGCUGGCCAACAAGGACCUCAAGAACUCGAUGCAAACAGACAGUGAACCGGUCCGAGAGCUGUUGUAUUUGACACCGUACUGGGCAGCUUUGACCGAUUCAUGGACAGCAUAGAGCUCCGCAAUGAUUUUAGAUAGACGCGGCGUGCUUUCAACAGUACAGCCCUGCACACCACAAUAAAGACGCCGUUGGUCAUGUCGA